AUGGAUUCAGUUAGAGAAGAAGAACUUACACCAUAAGUUGCUGCCUCUAAAAUAUAAAAGUUAUGGAGAUCUUACACAAAUAGGAAAAUAUAUAAAUAUUAUAAAGAUAUAAUUCUCUUUAAGUGCAAAGGUAAUCCUUCGAGAUUGCUGAAGGCUAUAAAUCCUUUAGAAGCGCAAUUAUUAGAAGCAUCUACAAGAGUGCAUUUAAGAUUUAGAUUAGGAGGUGAGAAUUUUCCUCCAAAUAUUUACUACAAAAUAUUCACGCAUGGAGCUCUAGUAGAUUUAAAUAGUUUUGCACCUAGAGACUACUCAGUAAUAAAAAGAGGAACAGAUGAAAAGAAAAUAAAAUAUGAAUAGUAUGUUAAAAACAAAGAUCAGUAUUAAAAUUAAGGUUGGUACUUGAGGAUAGACAAUAAUGGGUGGAGACCAAUUUCACACAAAGUGUUUAAUAAAACAGACUACGUAGAACUAUUUUCAGCGAACAAAAUUAGGUACUACCAUUAUAAAAAAGAAAAGAGAGACGAAAAAGUUCAAAAAAAGAAAAGACUAAAUAAAUUAAGAUGGAUCUAAAAUAUGUAUAAAAAUGCUAGAAAGGAGGAAGAAGAAUAAGCUAAGGAGAAGUUUUAAAAAAAUGGAAUUGAUUAGGGUGAGGGUAAAGAAAAUCAAGAUGAUUUCAUUACAUAAUAAAAAGCAAAUCAAGACUAAUAGUAAGUCUAAGAUGAGUUUAACUUGACUGACGAGUAAAGAUAUUUGAAUUACGAAAAAUAGUUUAAGGAAUUAUAUGGCGAUCCUGAUGCAAAUGAUGAUGAGGAUGAAGAUGAUGGUUUGAAUGAAGAUGAAAGAGUCGAAAAGGAAUUUUUGGAAAUUCCAAGUGACUUCAAUCCUCUGAAAGACCCAAAAUAUAUUGAUAUGGAUGAAAAUUAAUUUGAAGUUGAAGUAAAGGAACUUAUUGAAUGGUCUAAAAAUUUGGAUUAUGAUGAAUAUGUAAAGGACUGGUUUUAGUUAUCUACUUCGAAUGCUUCUGAGGCUUUUACAAUUCGCCCGAUUAAUUAGAACGUGACUUUUUCUACAGCUACAUCAAAUCCUAUUGGGUCAGUAAAUUCUAAGAAAGCAAAUAUCAGCAACACUAUGAAAAUGUAUGUUUGA